AGCUUCAGAUGUAGAGUAGAAACGGGGAAAGUCCUACAAUAUUGGCAUCAUGGAUGCAGCCACUCCCCCAUCCCACAUAUUGGGCUAUACAAUUCGUAGCCGAACACGAAUCUACGUCUCGUAUAUAACGCCCAUCUGUCUAGCCCUAUUGGUGUAUCUAAUGCAAAUGGCAUCGGAUUUGGCAUUAGGCUGUCAAUAUAUAAUGCAGAAAGAACCUGGUUUUGGAGCUGGCACUUUGGUUUUAGUGUUCAUACCACCGAUUCUCACAUUUAUCUUGGUCGUCAGUUCCAAGGAGCAAAGAGAAGGCGCCACCUCGGGACGAAAUAAAUGCUUUGGCCUGUGUGUAGGCUUGCUCAAACUUUUGUUUUUCCCAUUCUUUGUGGUAUACAGGUUCACCAAGCGAUUAUUUUGGUCCGUCGAGGGACUCUACCACGAUGACGAUGAUGUGGAACGCAUGAAGUGUCUGGCCAAGGCGAUGCAGACAUCCAAUAUAGAGCUAUAUCUGUUGAUUCAGGCUUAUGCCCAAGCGGCACCACAGAUUGUAUUGCAGCUGUAUUACAUGCUGGCCCAGGAUAUGUUCCGCAACUAUGAAACGUCCACUGUGCAGGCCCUGUCACUGGUCUUCUCAGCCAUCGAUCUGGCUGCCAUAACAACCAGCUACCACCGCAUUGAAAGCCAGCGUCGAGUAGGUCGACAUUAUCCCUGGGCUACAACGAAACAGAUCGAAUCCCAUCAAAGUCGUUUGGAGCAGAAUGAACGACUGUGCAGCGAAGCGGCUUGUAAGAAACGAGAAUCGGAGCGCACUAUAGCCAGUUUUCCUGAAUCCGACAAGAUCAUGGCCAAUUUUCAUGCUCGGCAGCGGCUCGAGUCCUCGCCGAAGGUAGCCACCCAUGAGCUCCACAUUAGAGGCGAAGACGAGGUGGAUAACGAUGCCUUGGAGACAAUGGAAACCAAGGCGCUGCUCCACAGUGGACCAACAUUGGGAGCGGGCAAUGCCACCGAUGAUGAUAAAAUCGAAGAGACUAGGCCUAAACUGCGAAUUCAAAGGCCUUACCAAGAUUUGAAACACUUGGAUAGCAUUGAAAUUAUUGACUCAGUGCCCUUGGAUCCUAUCGAAGUGUUGGAUUCAGUGCCCGAAACACCAGCCCCACCGCCACCACCACCAGCCACGGCUCCACCUUCUGUACCAGUGCUUAGAGCCAGGGAGACGGAUAUGCGACGCCUGACGCGACCGUUUUCUCAACUAGAGACAUUUAAGGACAUGCUGCUGGUCAAUGCCCAAUUGUAUAUAAAGGAAAAUGUGCCACGCCCACCAAAACUACUCAUUAAUCGCCUUCACGACGAGGAGGAAAAGACAGAGAACAGUCCACUGCUAAAACCAACAACCCCUCUGGCCAAGGGUACACCACUCACUCCUAAGGAUGUGGUGGACUUCUUUUUCCCAAAACCUACGAAAAUUGUCAAUGGCAUCCAGCAAGAGGACUUUGCUGCUCGCACAGUGGCUUUCUUUGGUUGGUUGGCCUUCAUAACGAUGCGAAUGCUCUCUCUGGCCACGUUCUGCAUCUUUUAUCCGCGGGCAUUUUUCAUUGUCAUGGGAAUACACUACGCCCUGAUGUUGGCUGCUCUGGCUCUGGAAACACGCUGCCGUGGCAGCUUUAGUCGCACUCUAUUCUAUCUGGUACUGGGCUAUAUCUACAUAUUUGUUUUAAUAGAGUUUCGCGUCAGCUUCAAGAGUCUAAGACUAUGGUAUGGCUGUUAUCUGGUAUUGACGCUGGCAGAGAAUAUCACCAUGUCAGCGAUUUGGUAUGCCAACGAGGAAUUCGAGUCCUGGUGGUUCGGAUUCAUAUGGGAAUGGAUUAUCUAUAGUGGCAUUUUAUUUUUGGCCACCUUAUUGGUAUACUAUUGUAUAUUGAGGCCUAAGGAUGUUUCCAUCAUUGUGGAGGACGAAAACAACGACAACGAUAACGACAACGCCGUGGAACAAACCUAAAACUAUAGUUAUCGUUGCCAAGUUACUACGAAUGUUAGGUCUCCCUAGCAGGCCUUACCAUUGACAUUGACAUUAAUACUUACAUAAAGCUGUCACAAUCAUUAGAAUUAGUUUUAAAAAUAAAUUAUUUCGCUUAGUUUUAAAA